CACCGCAUGCGCUGUGGGGUUUCCUUUGGCACCAGAGCAUGCGCACUGGGCGCCUAAACAGGAAGGGAUGAAUGGGUGUUUUAAAAACCGAAUGUCUUCUGUGCUGCACAGAAAAAAAGAGAGUAAUUGGCUCAGUGUGAAGAAGUUGUAGAAUUUAAAGGUACUACCCAAAAUACUAUAAUUUCGCCAGGGUAAAUUCGUAGUUUUAAUAGACUGCAAUACCCCCGGCAAUCACUGGGGUUUGCGAGCUUCUAGUGGAAUGUGAAUCGCUGGUCAUCGCUGGAACCACGCUUAAAUUAUUUUCGAUUAUCAGUAUUUUCGCACGCUAAAUUCUUACUGGGUAAAACUAAGAAACUGUAUAUUUCCAUUUUAAUUGCGUAAGAUGUUGCUUAGCCGAUAGCAGGUCAUGACAUUGGUAAAUUAUAUUCCGAAAACGUUGUUAAAUAAUGUAACUGUGUCGAAAGUGCUGCUCGUAAACAGUGUAUUGAUUUACCUUACGACUGAGCUGUAACCUCAUCAUCCUACAAACGUUACUUCUACCGGCGCCCAUGUAUAGAUAUUGGAUUUUCGCAACACAGUUUUCCAGUAGCACCGUUUGGUCCAGUUGGUUAGGAAUCACGAGGUCGUUGAGGCGUCCGAGCAAUCUGACCUGUCGGUUCUACGGGAGAAUGGAGCGGGCGGUGGUGCGAUGCGUUCCUUGCGAACCCAAGCUAACAAUUGCAUUUACCUUGGAAGGCAGUCAUAAACACAUGCUGCGGGACCAAACAGAAGAACUUGGCAAAGCAUUGGGCAGAAUUUCAAACUCCAUCAUUAAGGGCCAGGGCAAAGCGCGAAAGUCCAAGAAGAACAAAACCGAGCAGACGCAAGUCGUGGAACCGGUCGUGAGGUUAUACUACAACGGCGACUUCGUAGCAGAGGAUGCGCUGAAUGCCGACGCCUGGCAAGACGGGGCAGUGUUGCACGUGGGGGACUGUAAGUACAAAGUUGAGAGGAACCCACCGAGCUUCACCUUCGCGGAGCUCCCUGCGUCCGUUCUGGCCGGUUUCCCCGUGUGCCCGAACCUGGCAAUUGAGUUCGGGGAGCUGAAGCACUGUAUUUUCAAGUGGUACCGAGAGAGCGAUUCGGGGAAUGAGGGGGGAGAGGACUGCUGGGACGAGGCAGGCGAUGAGCGUGUGUUCACGCCGUCGAAUUCUGAUAUUGGGCUAAAGUUGAAGCUGAGGUGUAUUCCUGGAAAUGGCACGAAAUGCGGCGUGGCUAAAGAACUGGUCACUGCCGCAGUUGAAGCGGGACCAGGAACGUGCACCUUUGACAAUCGGCAUAUGUACACCAGCAAAGUCACGGACGACUCGACUGUCAGAGUUGUGUGCUACAACAUUUUAGCUGAUGUUUAUGCGCAAACUGAUUUUUCAAAAACCACCCUGUAUCCGUACUGCGCGCCGUAUGCACUGGGACUCGACUACAGGCAGAACUUGAUAAAGAAAGAGUUGGCCGGCUAUAACGCUGACAUAAUUUGUCUCCAGGAAGUGGACAAGGGAGUUUUCAGUGACAGCCUGACGCCGGCCCUCGAUGCUUUUGACAUGGACGGUGUCUUCAGAAUUAAAGAGAAACAGCACGAGGGCUUGGCGACCUUCUUCAGGAGGUCCAAAUUUGAGUUGCUGAGCCAACAUGACAUAACGCUGAGGGAAGCUUUGAUGUCAGAUCCGAUUCACAGUGAGCUGUUGGAUAAAAUAUCUGCCAAUCCAACCUUGAAGGAGAAGGUGAUGCAAAGAUCUACUGGCUUACAGGUGAGUGUGCUGCAGUCUGUGAAAGACCCCUCCAAGAAGCUUUGUGUUGCCAACACCCACUUAUACUGGCACCCCAAAGGAGGACACAUCCGCCUGCUCCAGGCGGCCGUCGCCCUGAGGCACCUCCGCCGCGUGACGUCCGAGGAGCACCCCGGGGUGCCGCUGCUGCUCUCGGGCGACCUGAACAGCACGCCCUCCUCGGGGGUCUUCCAGCUGCUCAGCCGCGGCUCGGUGGCCGAGGACCAGGCGGACUGGGCGUCGAGCGGGCCGGAGGAGCUCUGCCCCCUGGAGCUCCACUGCCCCUUCCAGCUCAGCAGCGCCUGCAGGGAGCCCGCCUACACCAACUACGUGGGCGGCUUCCACGGCUGCCUGGACUACGUGCUGCUGGAGCCCCGCGCCCUGCGCGUGGAGCAGGUCAUCCCGCUGCCCAGCCACCAGGAGGUCACCACCCACCAGGCCCUGCCCAGCGUGGCCCACCCCUCCGACCACAUCGCCCUCGUCUGCGACCUGCGCUGGGUCUGACCCACUGGCUGCCAAAUUAAAGUGCAGAUGUGAUCUUAAUGAAUUAUCUUUAAAAAAAAAUGUAUUGGCUGAUUGUAUGUUAUCAAUGAAAUGUGAAUGCAUGAUUUUAAAUAAACACUGUCGUGGCGUGUGUUCGUGAAGCGUCUCGCCGUUAGGGUGUCGAUGCAGAAUGGAUUUAGCCUUUUCGUUCGCAAUGGAAACGUCAGUAGGCUGGUGCGGACGGGGAGAUCUGAUGCUAAAUCUACAGUUAUUUUCCGAGAUGCUUCAUGAAAACAAUCGCCGCUCUGUUACAGCCUGGUAACUCUAAGGUGCAAUUGGCUGGGCUGGUUUGAUGACAAGGUAGCAGAUGUGCUCAUUGAAAUACAGCCAGUGUGCCACAAACAUCGUUUCUGCAUUUUAUAUCCCAUGUUGCAACUAACAAAUAAAAUUGUGGAAUAAAAUAUCUAUGAGUUAGCCUUAA